UCGACCCUCUCCUCAAUCCAACACAGCAUCAAUUCAGCUCACUGCAAAGCGAAGAAGGCUUCACAGAUCGGUAGUACACCACCAGCGAUCGGUGUCGUCAAUGGCGGGUGCAGCGAAGGCGUCGUGGAUGGUGGCGAUGAGCGUGGGCGCGGUGGAGGCGCUCAAGGACCAGGCGGGGCUCUGCCGCUGGAACUACGCGCUGCGGUCCAUCCACCGCGCCGCCAAGGCCAACGCGCGCGCCGGCGCCUCGCAGGCCAAGAAGCUGCCUUCUUCGGCGGCGGCGGCGGCGGAGCGGAGGCGAGCGGAGAAGGCCGAGGAGGGGCUGAGGACGGUCAUGUACCUCAGCUGCUGGGGUCCCAAUUAGCUAGGCCAUCAGUGUAGUAGUAGCUCGAUCGGAGCGAUGGAUCUUCUCUACUGGGGUUAAUUAGCAACCAUGGCCGGAGACGUAAUUGGCCGGUUGCUCCCAGCUGAUUGUAAUAUACCACCACGAUGAUGAUGAAAAAUUCUGUUACUUGAGUAC